AUGGCUGGCAAUGUAGUGCAGUUUCUCAGACUUCCUGUUCUGGCGUCAUCCGGCCUGGCCAUUCUAGCUAGUGGCAUCCUCUAUUUCAAGCAGAAUGAAAUAAUCUACCCCCGCAAUGUUCCUCUUGGUUCGCGCACUGAAGUCCUCAAUCCCUCGGAUUUUGGAAUGAAGGACUAUGAGGAUCUUCGAAUUCCAACCCCUGAUGGCGAAUCUCUUGCAGCACUCUUUAUUCGCCCUUCCAACAAGCGCCCUCCCAAGCCGAAAUUCACGAUACUCAUGUUCCAUGGCAAUGCCGGAAAUAUAGGCCACCGUCUCCCCAUCUCUCAGGCUCUGGGACAGUGCCUCAACUGUAAUAUCUUGAUGCUCGAAUAUCGCGGCUAUGGCCUGUCAACUGGAACUCCAGAUGAACAGGGUCUGAAAAUUGACGCCCAAACCGGCUUAGAUUAUAUCCGGCAGCGAGCCGAAACAAGCGGCACAAAGGUUCUCAUCUACGGUCAGAGCAUCGGCGGUGCAGUGGCGAUUGAUUUGACUGCGAAGAACCAACAUCAAGGAGAUGUUGCUGGAUUGAUUCUAGAAAACACAUUCUUAAGUGUGAAAAAGAUGAUUCCGAGUGUUUUCCCAGCUGCGAAGUACGUCACUCGCCUUUGCCACCAAUACUGGGCUAGCGAGGAUGUUCUGCCCAAAAUCACAAAGGUCCCGAUUCUGUUUUUAAGUGGACUAAAGGAUGAAAUUGUCCCCCCGGACCAUAUGGCCCAGCUCUUUUCGAUUUGCAAAGCCAGCACCAAGGUUUGGCGCAUGUUCCCAAAUGGUCACCACAAUGAUACCGUUGCUGAAUCUGGCUACUUUGAUCACAUUUACUCGUUUGUGAUGGAUUACGUUAUCGACGAUUGA